AUGGAAGAACUUACGGCUUUUGUCUCCAAAUCUUUCGACCAGAAAACCAAGGAGGCCGGCGUGGGCGGCGGCGGCGGCGGAGGAGGAGGAGGCGGCGGCAAAAAGGAUUCCAUCACCUACCGAGAAGUUUUGGAGAGCGGACUCGUGCGCUCCCGGGAGCUAGGCACCUCGGAGUCUAACCUCCAGGACAUGGCGGACGCGGGCGGCCACUGUCCGGUGCAUCUGUUCAAAGACCACGUGGACAACGACAAGGACAAACUCAAGGAAUUCGGAACGGGUAGGGCCUCGGAAGGCCUCUACGAGUGCAAGGACAAGCGCGACGAGGUGAAAUCCGAGGACGAAGACGGGCAGACGAAGCUGAAACAGCGGCGCAGCCGGACCAACUUCACGCUGGAGCAGUUGAAUGAGCUGGAACGGCUGUUUGAUGAGACGCACUACCCGGACGCUUUCAUGCGCGAGGAACUGAGUCAGCGCCUGGGGCUGUCGGAGGCCCGCGUGCAGGUGUGGUUCCAGAAUCGAAGAGCCAAAUGCAGGAAACAGGAGAAUCAGAUGCACAAAGGAGGACGCAGUCCCUGGUUGCGAGGGGGAGAGGCCGGAGAGGCCACGCGCUUGGCUGCGAUGCGCACCGGGGUUCGGCUUGCGCUGGGAGCUGGUGAGCUGGGCACGCUGCCUUCCCCGCGGGGCCCACGCCCUGCGGUCCAAGCGCAGCUGCAGCUGGAGGGAGUGGCGCACGCGCACCCGCACCUGCACCCACACCUGGCGGCGCACGCGCCCUACCUGAUGUUCCCGCCGCCCCCCUUCGGGCUCCCCAUCGCCUCUCUGGCCGAGUCCGCCUCCGCCGCCGCCGUAGUGGCCGCUGCCGCCAAGAGCAACAGCAAAAACUCCAGCAUCGCUGACCUGCGGCUCAAAGCGCGCAAGCACGCCGAGGCGCUAGGACUCUGA